GCAAUGGCAAUCGAGAAUGCAACACUGUUUGCAAAACUCCCUGGCUUCGAGACGACAAAAUUUGGGUUCCUGUAUCUUCAUGGACGAUCCAAUCAUGUUCAAUUUGACAACAAGGAAGUAGAAUCAAAGUUAGGAUCCUUUGUAGACAAACAGGGAUAUCCUAACCCUAUCACAUCUUAUCCAAGUGAAAUGCCCUCCCCACAACCAUCAAUGUACGAUCAAUCCUCUUCCCAAAAUGAAUCCCAGCCUCAAAACACAACCGACUAUCAAACCCUAACCCAAUUCGUAGCCAAAUAUCAGUAUUCCCCUCAAGCAAAUGAAUCUACUCCACGGAGUUCGGAUCUGCGGGACGUCUUUCAAGGUCAAAACCUUUCUCAACCCCAAGAUAUACCCCAAGAAUACAACCAAUCCGCCUCAUGGCAAUCAAAUUCAACCGACUUCAAACCCUCACCGCAGAACUCCGGCAAUAGCAACACUAGCCCAACGCAAGAGCUAUCACAAGACUCGCCUGCCUCCUCUCUUCAGGAACACGAAACUAGCCAAGAAGAUGUAGUUCUUACCAACACAACACAGUACAACGCUACACAACAAGCAGAAUACAGUCAGGACUAUCAACAGCAAGAACCCCGUGAAUACAGUCAGGGCUAUCAACAGCAAGAACCCCGUGAAUACAGUCAGGGCUAUCAACAGCAAGAACCCCGCGAAUACAGUCAGGGCUAUCAACAGCAAGAACCCCGUGAAUACAGUCAGGGCUAUCAACAGGAAGAACCCCGUGAAAGCACAACAGCACAGCAAACGUCCUUUGAAAAUUCUACCAGUACAAUCCCGUACCAAAAUCCACUUGCUCCGCAGCAAUCUUUCGAUCAAACAACGAACCAAAACACAGCAGAGGCCAACGCAACACAACAGCAAAACUAUUACAGUCCAGUUUAUCAACAACAAGACUACUACAAUUCUGUUUAUCAACAACAACAGGAAGAACCCAGCGAAAACACUACACCACUACAAAGUGUUUUCGAAAAUUCCACAGCCAACGAUCCAAAAUUUACUUCUGAACAACCGAAAUACGCUGAACAGCAACAAAAUUCACAACUACAACAGGAACAGACCCAACAAAACAUAACAGGAGCACAACAAAAUUCUUCCUUUAAUUCAAGCGAAACACUGCAAGAACAAAGCAAUUCUUUCAGGCAAGAACAGAAUCAGAUUCAAGGAAACUAUGAGGAAAGAUAUCUUCAAGAAAACAUUAACGAAAGCACUUCAAGGGACCAACAAUUACAACAAAACUCGUUCAAAAAUUUAACAACUCCACAACUCAUACAGUCAGCAGGAGAGGAGAAACUCGUUCAAGGAUCAGAGAAAUGGACUAAUGAAUCAAGUGUAGAAAACGCAACAAACUCAGGACAGCCCGAACAAGAAAGAUCUUUCAAUCUAAAUCAAACAGAGGAACACUCAAACAACACAGACGAGCAGUUCCAAAAACAACUGCUUUUCUCUGAAGAGCGAAAUAAACAAAGCAUUCCACAUGAAUACACAACAAACACGAAACAAAAUCUUUUCCAAAUUGAAAAAGACCCGCAUAUCAUACAGUCCCUUCUCUACGGAGAUCUUUCUCAACUCAGAAAUGAAUACGAACUCACUGCACAAAAGGUGAAGGCCGCCACAACAGACGCCACCACGCCAAGUACACAAGCUGGCUAUCAGCAAACAUACAGUAGAUUUCGCAGAGAAAAUAAAGGAACAGUCAAAUAUGUAUUCAAGAGAACAGACGUACAGCAAAAUGUACAAAACAAACAAGCCAAAAGAGUCCUCGGCAAACAACUUCAAAAGCUGUUGGAAAAGAAUGAAGUCAAAACAAAUUUACAUACAAAUCGACUUAAAAGAAUGAUCAACAAAGUACGUGCACACGACGAACCACACUCCAAGCCAUCCAUUUUCGAUAAACUGUUAAACAAUCCUUCCGACACCAACUUUCUAAUGUUGCCUUCUACCGAAGCAAAGUACAAACACAGUAAAAGAAGUCCAGAACAUGGCUUACUCAUGAAACUCGAAGCAAUGAGACACACCUUCCUUGAAAAACACAAUGAAUGUCCUAUCUUCGCUAUCUUUGGGACAAGUUCGGAGUCGUGUUACACUUUGACAACUGAUAAAGAUAAUUGCGCUGAAGAGUUUAUGGAAGUGAAAGAGAUGUUUAAACAAAGUUGUGCUGAGACACAGUUUUAUAUUUACGUUCGUGAAGACGGGGCUGGCAAAGUACGCGAAGACGAUGUUCAAAGUUUGACUAAGAAUGGUAUUAAUGUUUUAAUACCUGAAUAA